GCAUGCGCACAUCAUUUGAUCGAUAACGUGUGUGGGUGCAUCUGUCAGUUUCAAGGUUUCCGCAUUGAUUAUUUAGGUUAAGACAGUUCUCCAAUGCUCCGCAAGUGGGCAAGUCCGUGUUUGUGUGUGAAAUAAACAAACAUGUCAGCAAAGGCCAAGUGUAAAGUGAAUUCGGACGGCAGUGUUUGCUUGGAGGACAUCCUCAACUCGUUCAACUCCUCGAUUCGGGAAGAGCACGCUUGGGCCCUUUGCUACCAAUGUGCAAAGUAUUACAGCGAGUGCGUCUCGUCCCGAAAACAAAACGUUCACAUAGUCACAGAAGUCCGUCAUGUGUACUUGCAGACGGACGGCAACGUGCACGAGAACACGAUCAAAGCCAGAGACACCCCCAGGAAGCUGCUGCGAUGCGAGAAGGACGUGAUCGCGGGCCUGGGGGUGGUGAUAUACAUCGCCCUGGACCAGGGCAGCCAGAACGACGAGGAGCGGGUUAUCAGCCAGGACUUGGAGCAGCUCAUAAGCGACAUGAUCUCGGACGAGCUGAACAGCUCGGAGCAAACCCACCACGAAACGGACGAUGAGGGCAUCGAGCGGGACUCGGAGGAGGGCGAGGAGGAGCCCGGGACGUCCCGGACGCAGCCCCACAUGACCCUGCAGGAGGUCAUCAGGCGGUGCGAGAGCCACUUGGGAACCCUGACCAAGACCCAGACGGAGGCGCACUACAAGGCCGUGGUGCGGGCGCUGGUGGCGGAAGCGCUGGAAUUGGCGACGUUUUUGGAAAAAGUGGCACAAGGCAGCUUGAAUUUGCCGACAGAUAGCUCAAAACAGGCCGAUUUGGACCAGUUGAAGUUCUCGGAUUGGGCCAAAUUCUGGGUGCAAGUGAUGGGGGAGCUGAGGAUGGGCGUUAAGCUGAGGAAGGUGCAUUACAGUCGGGCCCCCAUCGAAUACGAACUCACUCCCUAUGAAAUACUCAUGAAAGAUAUUAGGUCGUGUAGAUAUAAGUUGAGGAGAAUUAUGGUCAAUGGAGAUGUACCGUCUCGUGUUACUAAGGAUGCUCAUGCCAUUAUUUUGGAAUUUAUCAGGUCUAGACCGCCUUUGAAGAAGGUGUCUGACAGGAAAUUGCCCCCGCAAUCGCGCACACUUACGCCAAGAGAGCAAUUGCUCAAUUCGAUCAAAAAGGGACGCAAGUUGAGACCGACCCCAAGAUCUCCCUACAUGUUAUCGGAACCAAAGCAACAAACCAAAGAAGAUUCCUCAAAACCAAACCGAAGACUGAUCAAAGUCGACUUCAGCCAGUUCGAGGACGAGGACGACGAUGAGCCCAUCGACAGUCCCGACUCGACCGGCCUGUGGUCAGCCUCCGAAUACCUCCAAAUGUGUGAUACAACACUGGAAGCCUACGAUCUCGCAACCCAAGACUUAAACCGGCGCUCGACCCUUCGCCGCCACACCCUGGAGGUGUGCGACCCCAACCUGGGAUGCUACUCCGUGCCCCAGUCGCGGCCCUGCUCCCGCCAGUCCUGCAACAGCUCCGAGGCCGAAUCGGUGCAACUCGAGCCCGAGGUGGCCAAGGCGAUGCAGGACGAGCUCACCAACGCCCGCAGCUGGCAGGACACCAUCUCCCUGGACGACCGGCUCUCCCUCACCCUCUCCGAGAUCGUGCACAUACGAGCCGUCUUGACCAAGGCGGAGCUGGAGGCGCUGCCCGUGGAGGGCCGCGUGCGCCACGACGUGGAGUCGCGCAAAGUCUGCUUCCUGUGUCUCAAGACGCGCUUCGGGAUCUUCGGCCCCUGGGGGCAGCGCUGCACGCUGUGCAAGCGCACGGUGUGCGCGAAGUGCUGCGCCAAGAUGAACAUCCCCAUGGAGCACUUCUCCAGCGUGCCGGUCGUGCUGCUGAGCCCCAGCAUCAUGUCCUCGCCGGAGACGGAGGCCAAGGAGGCGUUCCCGAAGUCGCUGGUCAACAAGAUGAUGGAGGGGCCGCCCUCGGCCGACCACAGCCCCGAGACCAGCAGGCCCAGCUCGAGCAUGGAGAGCAGCACGAUAAGCGAUCCGGGCUCGCUAGGGCGGUUCCGGGCGAAGGCGGCGGCGGCGGGCAGGGCCGCCCGGGUGGUGGACAAGUUCAAGGCCUCGCAAAUGGUGGUUUGCCACGAUUGCAGGAUGAUGGUCCUGCAGAUUAUCAAGUCGGCGAGGGCGAAUCGCUCGGCUAUCAGAAACAAAACGCUACAAAGUCUCACUUUGAAUCUAUCACCGGUAUUUUAACAGUGAUAUUGGAUGGCUAUCGAAACUCAGUAGUGAUAUUAGUUUUAACCUGAAUCUUGUUGCAUUUCAAUGUUAUAUUCCUACUUCGUGCAUUCCUAUCUGUAAGUGGAGAUUUUUCAAUCGAGACCAUUGAGUCUUAGAGAAGAUUUUAUUAUAUUUUAAAAAAAUAGCUGUUUUAUUUUGGUAACUGUAAUUUUAUGUAAAAAUCUAUCUUCAGAGUUUAAAAUAUAUUAAAUGAAUAAAGAAUAAAGGCUAUGUUAAU